CAUAGAAUUGGCCAUGCAAGUUUGCCGUUUCCAUAGAGACUCGCCAUUUGGGGACUUCACGACUCUCUAUCUUCUCUUCUCUUUUUAGCAACUCUCUCUUUCCCCCCAAACCCCUCUUCCUAAUUUCUUUUCUUCCCCCUUUUUCUUCCCAAAAAAUCCCCCCCAAAAAAUAUACAGAGAGGGAAGAAUUCAUCAAGACUUGUGUUUUGGGGUUUAAUUUUAAGGGGGAAAAGAAAGAUGGGUAGAGGAAAAAUUGACAUAAAAUUGAUUGAGAAUGUAAAUAAUAGACAAGUCACAUUUUCCAAAAGGAGGGCUGGGUUGUUGAAGAAAGCAAGCGAGCUUUCUGUUCUUUGUGAUUCAGAAGUUGCUGUUAUUAUUUUCUCAAGUACUGGCAAACUUUUUGAGUUUUCUAGUACUAGCAUGAAACAGACACUUUCGAGAUACCAAAGAUGUGUAGCCUCAACAGAGACUUCUGCUGUAGAAAAGAAGUCAGAGGUAGAAGAUCUUCAUCUGGACAAUGAGCAGCCACAGCCGCAGCAGCAGACACAUGUGCUGAAGCAGGAACAGAAAGAGGUGGACAGUCUUAAAGACGAACUUUCAAAGCUGAAGAUAAAACAGCUGCGGUUGUUAGGUAAGGACCUUAAUGGUAUGGGUUUGAAUGAACUACGGCUGCUUGAACAUCAACUAAAUGAAGGACUAUUAGCCAUAAAGGAGAGAAAGGAGGAAUUGCUGAUACAGCAACUAGAGUAUUCAAGGAGACAGGAGGAGAGGUCCGCGCUGGAGUGUGAGACCUUACGCAGACAGGUAGAAGAGCUCCAUGGGUUAUUUCCUAUAAGUGCUAGUUUACCGCCACCUUAUCUUGAAUACCAUCAUCCAUUGGAAAAGAAGUAUCCAAUUUUAAAAGAGAGUGAGGAGAGUCUGGACUCGGACACAGCAUGUGUAGAUGGAGUAGACAAUGAAGAUUCCAACACAACCUUGCAAUUGGGGCUUCCCACUAUUGGUCGAAAGCGAAAGAAAACUGAGCAGGAAUCUCCUUCAAGCAAUUCAGAGAAUCAAGUUGGCUCAAAGUGACUAUUGUCUUUGGGGAUUCGUCCCCUCCUUUGUUACUUGUUAGGCACAUGUCAGGUCAAAUGAUAUUGAACCAGUUUUCAUGUUAAAAACUGGUUCAUCUGGACCAGUUUUUGUCAGGGACUUAAUGAUCCCUUAGAUGGCUUAAAGCAA